AUGGCACCUCGCAAGGAAAAAGAAAAAGAAGGCAAACCCGCCGAGCCAGAUGGUCAGUUGAUGGAGGGUUAUGUCUCGUUGAUACUCGACUACCUUCGGCAACAAAAUCGUCCUUACUCGGCUGAUCAUAGGCACUUCUCCUCAGCCCAAGCUGCCAAAGUGUUGAAAGAAUUACAUCAAAAGGGCGAGAUUGAGGGACGAACGGCCGGAAAACAAACCGUCUACCAUGCUUUACAAGAGUCAUCCGACGAUGCGAGUCCCGAGCUCCUCGCCGCACUAGGUCAGGAGAUCGCCACACUGCAGGACGAACUGUCCACCAUCAAGGCAGCUGAGCGAAAGGCCCGCACCACCUUGGCUGCCCUCGAAACCAGGCCACGUCUGUCCACUCUUCGAGAGGAGAUUGUCCAGUUGGCUGCGGAACGAGAUGAGCUCCGGGCACGUGUUGAACUAAAACGAUCUGGCGAGGUGGACGAUCAGCCUCAGAUCUCGCCCGAGGCACGUGCCCAACUGGAGCGGGACUGGACCCAGUGGCAGCGGCAUGUCAUAGUGCGUCGCCGCAUUUGCCGUGAGAUGUGGGAAUAUUGUUCGGAGGUUUUGCCAGAGGAUACUACUGCGGCAGAACUCUGGGUGAGUCUAUCUCCUCCCCAGUCUACUGCUCGAAUUGUCAAAUGCUUUCAUGCUACCUGUGCAUGGGAAUGCUCACAGGGCGUCUGGCAUUGA